AUGGCGUCAAGUGCGGGUUCGAUUGAUAGUUGGUCAGACAGUGAAAUCCGUACGAAACUUGCAGAACUCGGGACACCUGUUGGCCCAGUGACAGAAACCACUCGGAAGAUUUUAAUUAAGAAACUGAAAAGGCUGUUGCAGUUGCAAAAUAAUAAUGCUAGCAGUCCAGCCAAACAACGCCGGAGUCUUCUCCGCUACAGUUCUGAAGAGAGCCAAGGUGAAGAUGUUGAUAUGCCGCCUCCUACAACUAAAGUUAAAAACUUACGGCGGAAAACAAUUGGGCAUACUGAGCUGUCUGCUGCUUCCGACAACUCUGUGAUUGAUGUUUCUCGGUCAAGUGUUUCUGAGAGAACUACUCGUAACCGAAAAAGCGUAGGCAGUGUAACUGUACCGAAAGAAUCUUUCGAUUCCGAUUCUGAUUCAGAUAUUUCUUUAAGUGCCCUACGUUCGCGUUCACGAAAGUCACUUAGUGUGGAGAAAUCCACAAUAAACACAUCACGGUCUACAUUUCAAGAUGUCAAAGUUGAUUCUCCAAAAUCUAUUAACUCUUUAAGACGAACGAGUAGGUUUUCUCCCUCGAGUAGCAGAAUACCAGAAACUAAAAAGUAUGAAGAAGAGGAGGAGGAGGAAGAGGAAGAAGAACAGGAAGAUACGGAGGAAGAAGAGAACACUGUGAAACCUCCAGUAUUUCAAUCUGAUUUUCUUACAAGAUUAAAUGCUGGUAGACUUUCUGGAAGUUACAGGUCAUCUAUGAGUCCUAAAUCCGACUGGAAACCAAGCAGCUCUUCAUAUACACAAAGCUACGUGUCCCAAAGAAGUAUUGGGUCAUUAGAUAACAAGUUUCCAUCUAGCAGAUACGAACACCUAUUUUCUACUAGACCUUCAACAGCAGAUGGACACACCAGUUUAUUGAAUCGCCCUAUUAGCACUCACAGCAACAUUACAACUAAAAUCCGAGUGAACUCUCUUAUUACUCGAUAUGAAAAAAUUAUAAAAUGGGUAUUAGGAGGCAUUGCUGUUGUGGGUUUCAUAAUUGCAGUAUAUUUUUUAUUGCAUACAAACUUUAGCACUAUUCAUUUGGCUGCUAUUGACUCGGACGAUAAUAAAUAUCCUGUUUGUGGACAGGAGGGAGUAGAACCUAAUUUGUGUGUCCCAGAUAAUCAGUUGAAGCCUGCUUUGGAUAUAUCAAAGGUUCUGAUUCCUAGAAUAUUGGAGCUGACAACUAAAGCUUAUUGUGAUCCACCUGAUAACAAUUCACUUGAGCUUCCAACAAUGUCUGAAGAAGAGGCUUUGAAAUAUCUUGCAAAGAAAAUGCCUUCAGUGACACGGCCUAACUUGGAGAGAGAUUUGCGCAAUUUUAAGAUUCUGGUGAUGGCAAAUCCACACUGGGAGGUGGAAGUGAUGGGCAAAGGCCUCACGGAAAUAAACGCUCUCUUAUUUAAUGGUGAUUUUGCUGCACGUCGUGUUGAUUUGCCUACUGUUUGUUACUUGAGGCUUAUGAUGUAUAAAUUGAUAAAGGUAUUGAUUUUUAUUGGAAUUCUUGUGGGCUCAGGUUUUGCUGUUUUGUUUGGAGCUCGUCUUUACAAGCGUGAGCAGGACAAACACAAACAAGAAGUAUACAGCAUGGUAAAUAAAAUAUUAAAUCUCUUAUCAGCACAUCACGAACAGAAUACAUUACCUGCCUAUCUUGCGAUCAACAACUGUAGGGAUGAAUUAAUACCUCCUAGUGAGCGAGAUAGGAAAAAACGUGUUUGGGAUGACGCUGUUGAAUUUCUUGAAAAGCAUGAAUCACGUGUGCGCACAGAAAUGCAUAAUAUCAGGGGUGAGAAUGUGAAAGUUUGGCGCUGGCUGCCAGCCGGAGGGCAAACGCUGAGUCCCAAUACAUCUUUUGAUAGUUCCUCUGGACCAGUUUUGGGCAGGCUUCUUUGA